AUGGAAAGUCAAUAUUCCGAUAUCGAUGACAUCCCGAUAGUAUUUGAGGUUCAGCCAUAUAUGUUUGAACCUGCCGCUGUGCCAAACCCGGGAGAUAUUCCGUUAGCAAGUGCCGAAGACAGCGACGAAGAUCCCGGUCACAAAAGGAGUGGAACGUUUUGGUGCGAGUGUGGUUUGUGUCAAGUCAUGUCUAGUUCUGCGGAAUGUGUAUGCUGCACAGAAAUUUCUGUGGUUGACCAGGCACGUGGCGACUUGGAGUGCAUUACCCAACAUCAGACUUUCAAGGACAACUGCCUCAAUACAAGAGUUCUUGAAGUUAGUCUCUAUGACUAUGUCCAAUCUGAAGGACCACUGGACGACAAUGAGCCUAUUCAUGAGGUCUACAGAUAUAUUGCCUACAGAAGAUUUGUUUUAUGGGUGUGGCAGAAGUUAGGCAAGGGCAACCGCAAAAUCCUUCCAGCCUGUGUAGUUACUACAAUCAGGAAUGCCUUCCCCUCUGAACAGUACACAGGAUUUAAAUACGCUCGACCUAUGUAGGACGUCCAUCUCCAAACCUGGUGCGCCUUGUUGCUACGAGGUCUUCCUUGACAAAGGUUGUAUAUCCUGACGUCAGAGAUGGUGGACAGUAUCCAAAGGUCUGAUGUGCCUCAUCAACAGACAAAGUAAUACUAGGGUGCUGUCUUCGCCUCUUGCAUAGGUUCAACAUCAGGAGAUUGGU